AUGAUGACACAUUCGCAGAAUACUAUCAAGCUUGUGGCAGGUAACUCGCACCCGGAGUUGUGCAAGCAAAUUCUGGCUCGUCUUGGCAUAGAACUCUCUAAAGUGGGGGCCUUCAACUACACGAAUCAGGAGACGGCAGUUGCCGUAGGUGAAUCAGUCAGAGAUGAAGACGUUUACAUCAUUCAGACAGGAUGUGGAGAGACCAGUAUCAAUCAAUUCUUAAUGGAACUAUUAAUUAUAGUGAAUGCGUGUAAGAUCGCCAGUGCCCGUAGAAUAACUGCCGUGAUCCCCAACUUCCCCUAUGCUAGACAAGAUAAGAAAGAUAAGAGCAGAGCACCAAUAACAGCCAAACUUGUAGCCAACUUGUUGCAGACUGCUGGAUGUAGUCAUGUCAUUACCUUGGACUUGCACGCAUCUCAGAUUCAAGGGUUUUUCAGAGUUCCAGUAGAUAACUUGUAUGCUGAGCCCUCAGUGUUGAGAUAUAUAAACGAGAACUUUGCUAGAGAAGACAUAAUCAUAGUCAGUCCCGAUGCUGGUGGGGCCAAGAGAGUUUCGUCUAUAGCAGAUAAAUUGGAUGUGAAUUUUGCUUUGAUCCACAAGGAAAGAAAGAAGGCCAACGAAGUUUCCAGAAUGGUUCUUGUUGGGGAUGUGACAGAUAAGGUGUGUUUGCUUAUCGAUGAUAUGGCCGAUACCUGUGGUACCUUGUGCAAGGCAGCUGAAGUUCUAUUGGAGGAAGGAGGAGCCAAGGAAGUCAUUGCUAUAAUUACCCAUGGUAUAUUCCUGUCCAAUGCCAUUGAAAGGUUGAACAACUCCAAGUUAUCUAGAAUUAUAUGUACCAACUCGAUGCCCUUGGAAGACAAGUUGGAGAGAUGUAGCAUAUUAGAGACUAUUGAUAUUAGUCCUACGUUGGCCGAAGCAAUUAGAAGGUUACAUUACGGUGAGAGUGUUAGUUAUUUAUUCAACAAUGCCCCAGCAUGA